GAAUAUGCUCUCUGCCCCUCUGGUACAUGAGUCUGCUAUUUAUCUUGAAGUCGUAAACCAUAUACUGCACAUAUGACUCUCCAGAACUAAGCUGAUUGUUGUUGAAGGUCAUUUUAAUGAUGAAUGGUAUCAUGAAAGUUGAAUUAGUUUUAAAAGAAAACAUCAAACCUUCAUGCCCAACUCCAUCUCACCUCAAGUACUUCAAAUUAUCAUUUCUUGAUCAGCUUGCUCCUUCAUUUUAUGUUCCUCUCCUUCUUUACUACUGCAACGACAACAGCAAAAGGGAGAGCAGUCAAAUAGAUGAGCGUCGUAGAGUAAUAAAGAAAUCAUUAUCUGAAACCUUAACCAAAUUCUAUCCGUUGGCUGGUAAGGUUGUUGAUAAUAGGUACGUAGACUGCAACGAUGAUGGCGUUGACUACUUCGAAACCAAAGUAAGCAAUUGCCAACUCUCUCAGCUUAUCCAAUACCCUGAUGUCUAUGCCCGAGUGCGAGAAUUACUUCCAUGUGAUCCAUAUCCCCCUGACAUAUCAUCUAUGAAUAGGCCCCUGUCCGUCCAAGUAAAUGGUUUUGACAAUUGUGGCGGCAAAGUGAUUGGUCUGUGCAUCUCUCACAAGCUCGCCGAUGGGUCUUCAAUCAUGGCUUUCAUCAACGAUUGGGCUGCUGUUGCGCGUGGGAACGACUUACCGGGUUCUACACCCCCAACCUUACUUGUGCGAGAUGAAGUAUUAGUGGCUAAGAGCUUCGUGUUUGGGGCUUCCAAAAUAGCUGAACUCAAGGUAAAAAGCAUAAUCCUUGAAGAAACCAGUGAUGCUGUAGAACAGUGCCAGCCAACUCGUAUUGAGGCCCUGUCGGCUCUUAUAUGGAGGUGUUCCAUAGAUAUAGAUCAAGCCAAAAACAAGGGAUCUGCUGCUGUAAGGGUUUAUGAGGCGGCACAUGCAGUAAAUAUGAGGACCAGGAUGGUUCCGCCGUUGCCAACUAACUCUUUUGGGAAUAUGUAUACUAUGUCGCGUGCAAAAUGCAUCGUCAUGAAUAAUGAGUGCAUUGACACACAAGAUCAUGAUUUGCUGGGAAAAAUUAAGGAUUCCUUUAAGAAAAUCGACAGCGACUAUGUAAGAAAACUGCGAAGUUCUGGUACCGGCUUAAGUGCCGUGGAGACGGACGGAGAAAAUAGUUUUAGCGGUCAAACAGUGAAGCUAAACUUCAGUAGUUGGUGUAGAUUCGCAAUAUAUGAAGCAGACUUUGGUUGGGGAAAGCCAACAUGGGUAGGUGCUUGUGCUGCACCUCUGAAGAAUCUUGUUUGGUUGAAGGAUACUAGUUCAGGAGAUGGAAUUGAAGCAACAGUUAUCCUCGGUAAGAAUGAAAUGGCUGAAUUUGAGCGUCAUGAGGAACUUCUAGCAUACAUUUCUUGAUUAGAUCAGUCGCAUUUCACAUCGUCUUCUCCUUAGGGUAUCCAUGUGUGUUGUUUGGGCUCCACUUCAACUAUUUUCAUGUAGUAUUAUCAUAAUAAAAUAAUACGAACCUGAUUUUCUUUCUUGAAGUUGUCUUACUCCUCCAUUAUAUGCAAUCGCCAGUGGAGGUAACAACAGCUGCAGCAAUAUGAAUAACAAAAACCAUAAAGGUGACUUUGAUGUUUA